AUGAAGGUCUUCGUCGACCUCUGGCCAAUAAAAUAUCUUGAUCGAGUAUUGACGGAGAGAGCAGUUAGAGUCCAGAGGUUGACCAACACGAUCAAGGAACUAAACAAUAUUCUCCAAUCGUCUCAGAAUAUUUGUUCUCAAGAGGCAUGCGGGAAUCUAUCAUAUGGAUCUCUAGUGCGUUCGAUAAAGGCCGCAGGCCUUUGGGAUAUCGCAGAAGGCCGGGGGUCCUGGCACGGCUCUGCUACUAAGCUAUCCAGGAUUAUGAGUCGUUUCAAUUUUAUGACAAGUCGGGAUCUCUGGCCCCAUCAUAAGUGCCAUCUUGUUGCCCUUAGGGAGAAAUUCAAGGCUUAUACGAGGGAGGGUUACAGCUUUUAUUCUACGGAUUGGAGUGACUAUGGUUUAUCCGAAGAGUGA